UCUAAGCCCUCGGAGCCCUUUCAUUUGUCUCCUAAUCUCUGUGUGUUGCCGGUAAAAAUGGAAGGAGAAUAUAAGUACAAGAAGGGGUUAUGGACAAAGGAGGAGGAUGAGAUUCUCCUGGACUACAUAAGGGUACAUGGAAGAGGCCGCUGGAACCGCAUUCCCAAGGUCACCGGCUUAAGGAGGAGUGGGAAGAGCUGCAGGUUGAGGUGGCUCAACCAUCUCAGCCCAAAUGUGAAGCGCGGGGAUUUUUCUGAGGAAGAAGAAGACCUCAUUAUCAGACUUCACAAUCUCCUUGGAAACAGCCUUGCUAUAAUGUUGAGCCAGAAAAUAAGGUGGUCUCUGAUUGCGGGGCGUGUACCAGGAAGAACUGACAACCAAGUAAAGAACUACUGGAACACUCAUUUGUACAAAAAGCUUAACGCCAUAAAAAAGCAGCAGACACCUAGAAAUGUUGCUGUUGUUUCGACGUCCAAAACAACUACUCACAGCUCUUCUGCUGCUCAAGAACUGGCAGGAGACAAACUAGUACACCAACACAAACUGCUCGAGGCGCCGGACUCGGACUCAAAUUCCGUCACGAAGAGUAAUGAUCAAAACCCAAAUAUGGAUAUUGUUGCAGCUGAGGAUUCUAAUGCAGAAGAAGAAGAGAUAGAAUGGAUGGCCAAGCAUUGUACCGAGUUGCUUUCUUGUUCUAGUUAUGGCAAUAUGAUUAGCUGGGACAUGGUGGAAUUUCAACAAGGAUACCAUCUUGACCUGUUGUAAUUAAAAUUCUAACGUGUUCUGGUUGAUCAUAAGUUUGAGUUGAUAAAUGAUUUGUUUAUGAUCAAUAAUAAUUUUCACUUAUCUGAA